CAAAUUAUCUAUAGGCGGAAGAAUACAUUUUAUGGUUGGGAAACAUUGCUAGACUCUAACUUGGAUAGCUGACACCGUUAAAUGGAUACUGGUACCUUACAUGGUUAAUCAAAACUGAUCUGUUCGAAGCUCAGAUGACUACCAUACGGCGUUUAUAUUUAAAGGACUAACUCCUAAAAUAUCCAAUCAAUCUAACGACUAAAUUUAAGCUCUAAACAUACCACAAAUGAUACAUAAUCCUAGAAUAUUUUAGACUAAAUGUCACAUUUCUAAUUAUUUGUGAUGAAAGCAAAAUUCAGAUCAGCCUGAAGAUUUAAUUUCCCAUAAACUUUUCUCAAAUUAUUUCAUGAUUAUGUAAUAAUUAAGCACUUGUAAAAUAUAUUUUAUCGCAUUAAUGGCAAAAUGUUAGAGAGUUCGCAACAUCACCACGCUUUAUCCUUGGAAGCGCCUAUGCCUUCCUCAAAUAUAUCACCCUCCUUACCACCAAAUCAAAAACUUACCCUUCACAAAUGGGGUUCCUUUUCUUAUGCCUCUCUAAAAUCCUGCUCCUCGAAUAGUCGACUUUCACCGAUGUUAAAACCGAGUCCGAUUUCUAUCAAAAACAAUCAUCACUAUCCGAAAUUCAGUCUGAAUAAUGGCAAUAAACCGGGUUUAAAACCCAGCCGAAUAUUCAAUAGGCAUUCGUUCAUAUCAACCUCGCGGUUCGAUCCUUUCAAUUUCGACGAAGAACUUUCUCCCCCCUCGAAAAUGAAUGCGAAGGCGAGUAAAACUAUUAAUAAAUCUAAUAAAAUCGAAAAAAAAUCACCUCUUAAAGAUAACCUAAGUGGUUCGUUUUUAGUUAAAAAAUCGGGAUUGAAUAAUUCGUCCAUUCUUAAGAGAUCGAUUCCAACUAAAAAUGUCGGUUCUGGAAUGAAGAAAGUUGGAUCUGGAAUCAGGCCCAAGCUGACCACGAUCAGGUUAAGUAACGGUAGCGCCCUCAAUGUCGGAGGAAAAACGAACGCGAAUUUUAAAGCUCGUAAAGUCGUGAUUAUGCGUAAAGCUACCAAAACGCUCAAUAACAAAAGUAAAAACAUUUCCAAAUCGAACAAUAAAUCGAUGAACAAAAAUUUGGCCUCCCCGAAAAAAUACUUUCGAGGCAGUCAGGUUAGCACUACUAAAAUAAUGAAUGGUCGCGCGACGCCCUCACAACGUUCCCCCAAAAGCAUUAAUUCUAACGCUAGAUUCAGGUUAAAUUCUUUGUCCAAACUCUCCGAUUUGGCUAAGAAGAAUGCCAGGGUCAGGGUAAAGAGUAUUUUAAACGGUUCUACUAUGGCUAAACCUCUUAUACCACCCACCACACAUUCGAAAUCGACGAAGGCACCUAAGAUUACGACAACUCCUAAUUCCUCGUUUCAAACAAAGAAAUCCAGUAUCGUAACUACUCCCACCUCUUCUCAUGGGAGAUUCACAAGAUCGAAUAUUGGGUUGAAAAGCCUCGAAAACUCGCCUAACUUGACUUCCUCGCUUUCUCUCGAUUCCCCGAUCUUCAAAAGAAAGAGCAAGAACAAGAAGGUCAUUCUCGAGGAAAAUGAAUUGAAAGGCAUAUUUUUAGGCAGCGGGAUUCCUGAAACUCCCAUGGAUUUGGGCUCUUCCGUAGAAAAUCAAUCGUCAUUCUUGGGCUCCAAUCUUGUUACAAAGGUAAAUACCGAAUAUUCAGAAGUGAUUAGAGCUGAUCGGCAUGUUGACAAAACUCGAUCUAAGGAUGAAGAAAAUUUUGAUUCCCCUCACGAAAUUAUCGAAAAACAUGAAAAAGUAUCUCCUCAUUGUAACGUAACCCAAUCCCUCGAUUUUGAUGAUCCAGAAAAAUCAAAUAUAAAUUUGGCAAGUAACAAAUUAACCCCGGAAACUCUUUCGUCCCAAAGACCACGUAACACCUCGCCUUCCAAAAGGGGCAAAGACCUCAAUAAAUUCGUCACUAAAAACACCAGUAGAUACGGCCUUAGGUCUUCUGCUACAUCCUCGACAGAGCUUUCGGCAGAUUCGACCAGAACCCUUAGGUCGCGCAAAAAUGACGAAAAUAGCUCGUCGACUCAUUCGACUUCCCUUUCAAAUGUCAAGCAUAAACGCUGUACCAAUCCGGCCAAACAAACCAAACGGAGGAGCGGACAGAGAAAAACAAUUCUGAACGAAUCAACCGAUUGGGAAUGUCCUUCGCAAGAUAAAUUUCCUAAUAUGAAAGAAGACAGGUUAGAGGAUCUUGAUACUGGUAUCGAUAUAGACACAACCGAACUCGAUUCCCUCGCCAUUAACCCUUGCGUUACAAAAUCGUAUACACUUAGUAUUGAAAACAAAAGUUUGUCCCACGAAUACGAUGACACGUUUGAGGAUAGCGAAAUAAUCAGAUCUUCGCCUUGUCAAGAUUUGGAUCAAAAUGCGAACAAUAUCGGCGAGCAACCUAUAACAGAAUCGGCCAAGGAACUAAAAAAUGCAAGUCUAUUUAAUACGGGAACUGAAACACAGAGCAGUGUCAGCAGUCCCGUUUCCGACCUUUCCCAAAACGACGAUAAAUUAAACAAAACAGGGUUUUCUCAUAAUAAUAAGAAUAAUAUAUUGGAUAGACCUUCUCCUUCUAAAUAUGGUUUUUCAACGAUCCGUCAAUUACCGGAUGCUGCCAAGCCUAGAACCUUUAAAUCUUAUCAAGAUUAUCCUGAUAGAUCUGCUACGAAUGGGAUGGUGGUCAAACCUAAGGAGCGCAAAAUAUUCACCUCGUCAAAGGAUCGAACAUCUAACAAAUCCUAUCAAUGGCAAACCACGAACCCUAAUAACGACGAAAAAAUUACAUCGCUUUACAAACCCGACUUUGAAGAGGAGGACGAGCAUGAAUGCGAUAACAAUAAUUUUCAGACUAAAGAGACCACAUUUAAACGCGGCGUAGAAAUAACAAAUCACGAACCCAGUAAUAACGCGAAAUUGGUUCGGGACGUUAAACAAGCUUAUCAAUGCCACGAGUGCGGCGAGGUUCAAGAUUUUAACGACGACGUCGAAUAUCUACUUGCUGGCCUCAGGCCCGGAAUCAAUACAUUGGCUAUGAGAUGUUUAAGUAUUUUAGGUAUCGCUAACAAAUGCUUAUCCAAUCCUUUCAGAACUCAUUUGAGAGCGCAAGGCUUAUUUUUAUCCGUAUUCUCUUCUCUCAACGAUGCAUUUACCGAAUCGAAUCUUUUUCAAUGCACCACCGCCCUGGUAUUUUCCCUGACUCUCGAUAAAAAAAUGCAUUCUGAAAUUGAUCCUUCCACCUUAUCUUUACUCAUACACUGCUGCAAUAAUUCUCGGGAUAUUUCUGCGUCACCCAACAAGGACAAAACUAAUAAUGCACUGUCCACCAAAAACGCCGCUAAGAUCACUUUGCUGCUCGACGCUUUGUUUAAAGAUCAAGUCAAUAAUAACAGCCAUACCUCGGCGUUGCAGGGAACUAGCGAAUCGGGUUUGGAAGAUAACGCCAGGGAACUUAAAGCUGCCUAUCUAUCCGACCCUCGCGCAUUCUUAGAUGUGCGAAGAUUAUCGUUAGAAACGCUUAUUAACCUUAGUUGCUACCAAAAAUGUAAUUCCGAUUUCAGGCAAUGCAUGCGCGAGCACAAAGGAAUCGACAUCAUCAUUCAAACUACCAUGGAAAAUUAUGAACAACUGGUAUCAUUCAAUACAGCCACGGUCGCCGACGAGUACUUAAUCGAAAAUAAGCUUAAACGGUUAUCCGUUUUGAUAUUGGUGCUAGAAAACCUCAUAUUUAUGGACAAAGACAAUCAAAAUUAUUUAUUGAAUUAUAAGGACGAGUUCAUGCGAACACUACUCUGUAUCAUCAAACAUUGCAUUCAAAAUUUGAUAACGAUUCCGCUCAACCCAAAGGUCAUCGUAGAAUCGGAAGAAUAUACCUUUAAACAACCCUUAAUAGAAUUUCAUUACCAAGCCUCCCCUAUCAAAAUAUCUCAAAAUGACACGAUUUAUGAUAAGACAUCUCAUUUGAAUCUAUUGCUAGGCGUAUUGAGGCUUAUGAUUAAUUUGACCCACGAGAAUGAGACUGGCUGUAAAAAGAUCGUAUUCAAUUCCUUAAACUUGCCUUCGACUGAUUACAAACUUUUCGCCGAUCUCGUAUGUCUCGUUUUAGCGAUUAAGGGCGAAAAAUUGAACGAUAAGAUAUUUGAUUUGAUUGUAUUGGUUCUAUGCUUCUUGAUAAAUUUGAUGGAAUAUUGCGACGAAAAUAAGAAGCUAUGUCUCUGUCAAAAUGAAUCUUUGGCACUGCAAACCCCAGGGUUGAAUUUCUUGAAGUUAUUGGUUAAGUCUUUUUUCGAGUAUACCCGCCUCGCCAACUUAGCCGAAUCAGACAAUGAAAUUUUUACUCCCAUCGAAAAUCAAAACGAUAAUAAAAAUAUUGACAAAAUGGGGUCCAAGAAUUUCGACGAACAUGAAAGUUUUACUAAAUUAUGUGAUUUAGACGGCGAGGAUAAAUUAGGGGAGAGAAUAGCAGUACCUCAGCUCACACCCCAAACUCUUUUGACUCAGAUUCUGCACAAGGCGGGCGAACACAUGGAAUACAGCUUAGUGGCGUCUUACAUAGCUCUCUUUUUGGGGUGUCUCGUUCAUAAUAAUGAAGCAAACACUCUUCUCAUAACUUCUCACUUUCCACCUUCGGAACCAAAAUCUUUUGAUCCGAUGAUUACCGUUCUCAAAAAAUUUGUCAAAUUUAUCGAAUAUUCAACUGCAUGCGGAAUCUCCUCAAUAAAAAUAGAGUCAUUAUCACGUAUUAUCGAUGCCUAUCAUACCCAAAACACCUUGUUGAAAACAACAUAAUUAUCAUUUUAUACAAAAAAUCACAUAUUUAUUAUAUAUAUUAUUUUAUAAAUCUGUACCAAAAAAAAUUAAAUAAUUUUGUAAAUAACUUUCAAAUAAGAUAAUACUAUAAUUUUCUAACUAUGAUGGGGAGGGAGUUAGAUUAUGUAUAUCACUAAAUAAUAUAUCAUUUUUUAUUUAAUAUAUUACCUUAUAAACAUUUUAGUAUGAUAUUAUUUUAUUUUAGUAUAAAUAUAAUUCGUUUAAUUUUUUUAAUAACAUUCACUAUAUGCACUAAGCAGCGUACUCGUUUACCACUCGCAGCUUUGUAAUUAGAACUGAAGAAGAAAAAUUUGUCACAAAAAUGUUUAAAUAUUAUUUUAAAAAAUAUAUUACAACGGUUCUAUUCUGCGAGUUGAUAUACCCUAGUUCCUGAUAAUUUACUAAGAUUUUGUACAAAUAUAUAUAUAUAUACACGAAAUUAAAAAUAUUUUAUAUUUUUUUCCCCUCCUGAAUAAAAUAUAGUUUCAUAUGAAUUUAUUUUAUAUUACGGGAAAAAAACAAUCUUUUUGAAAAUGUAUU